GGCGCAGGUGGGUCGGGCAUGGGGGCGCACUGACGCGCGCGGCGGCCGAGCGUCCCUCCGAGCGGCGGGCCCUCCUCGGCGGCGGCGGCGGAGGCGCCGGGCCCGCGCGCUCUGUCCGGGUCCCCGCGGGAGCCUCCGCCGCGCUCUAUGCGCCUCUGCGGGCGCCGCGGGCCCGGACCAUGGCGAUAGAUCGGCGGCGCGACACGGCGGGCGGCGGGGCCGGGCGGCUGCCGCCCGCGGCCGAGGAGAACGGCGCCCUGCCGCCUGGGGACGCGGCGGCCUCGGCGCCCCUCGGAGGACGCUCGGGCCCCGGCGGCGGCGGCGACAUCCAGGCGCUGCCCGCGCCUCAUGCCGCCGGCGGCCCGCACCCGAGCCUCCUGUUGCUGGACUACGACGGGUCGGUGCUGCCCUUCCUCGGGGGCCUGGGCGGCGGCUACCAGAAGACCCUCGUGCUGCUCACCUGGAUCCCGGCGCUGUUCAUCGGCUUCAGCCAGUUCUCGGACUCCUUCCUCUUGGACCAGCCCAACUUCUGGUGCCGCGGGGCCGGCAAGGGCGCCGAGCCGGCGGGGGUCACGGCCGCGGGCCGAUGGGGCGGCGGCGACCUGGCCAACUGGACCAGCCCCUCGACCACCCCCUUCCCCACCGCCGCCUGGGGGACGGCGGGCACCCUGGGCAACAGCAGCGGCGCGGACGGGGACGAUGCGCCGCCCCUGCCGUCCCCUCCGGACAAGGGGGACAACGUCUCCAACUGCGACUGCCACGAGUGGGACUACGGCAUCCGCACAGGCCUGGUCCAAAACGUGGUGAGCAAGUGGGACCUUGUGUGUGAUAGCGCCUGGAGGGUCCACGUCGCUAAGUUCUCCUUACUGGUUGGAUUAAUCUUGGGCUACCUGGUAACUGGAUGCAUUGCUGACUGGUUCGGCCGGCGGCCGGUGCUGCUCCUCUGCGUCAUCUUCAUCCUCAUCUUCGGACUGACCGUGGCGCUGUCCGUGAACGUGACCAUGUUCAGCACGCUCAGGUUCUUCGAAGGAUUCUGCCUCGCUGGGAUAAUUCUCACCUUGUACGCAAUACGAAUAGAGCUAUGUCCCCCCGGAAAACGGUUCAUGAUCACGAUGGUGGCGAGCUUCGUGGCCAUGGCGGGGCAGUUCCUCAUGCCUGGGCUGGCCGCCCUGUGCCGGGACUGGCAGGUCCUGCAGGCCCUCAUCGUCUGCCCCUUCCUGCUCAUGCUGCUCUACUGGUCGAUUUUCCCCGAGUCCCUCCGCUGGCUCAUGGCCACGCAGCAGUUUGAAUCUGCAAAGAAGCUGAUCCUGCACUUCACGCAGAAGAACCGCAUGAACCCCGAGAGUGACAUCAAAGGCGUGAUGCCAGAGCUGGAGAAGGAGCUUUCCCGGAGGCCCAAGAAGGUCUGCAUCGUGAAGGUGGUGGGGACUCGGAACCUGUGGAAGAACAUCGUGGUCCUGUGUGUGAACUCGCUGACCGGCUACGGCAUCCACCACUGCUUCGCCCGCAGCAUGCUGGGCCACGAGGCCAAGGUGCCCCUGCUCGAGAACUUCUACGCCGACUACUACACGGCGGCCGGCAUCGCUCUGGCGUCCUGCCUGGCCAUGUGCGUGGUGGUGCGGCUCCUGGGGCGCCGCGGGGGCCUGCUGCUCUUCAUGAUCCUCACGGCGCUGGCCUCGCUGCUGCAGCUCGGGCUCCUCAACCUGAUUGGAAAGUACAGCCAGCACCCAGACUCAGGCAUGAGUGACAGUGUCAAGGACAAGUUCUCCAUCACUUUCUCCAUCGUGGGCAUGUUCGCCUCCCACGCGGUGGGAAGCCUCAGCGUGUUCUUUUGUGCAGAGAUCACCCCCACGGUAAUAAGGUGCGGCGGGCUGGGGCUGGUGCUGGCCAGCGCGGGCUUCGGCAUGCUGACGGCGCCCAUCAUCGAGCUGCACAACCAGAAGGGCUACUUCCUGCACCACAUCAUCUUCGCCUGCUGCACACUCAUCUGCAUCAUCUGCCUGCUGCUGCUGCCCGAGAGCCGGGACCAGAACCUGCCCGAGAGCAUCGCCGACGGCGAGCACUACACGCGCCAGCCGCUCCUGCCGCCCCGGCGCGGGGAGCAGCCGCUCCUGCUCACCAACGCCGAGCUCAAGGACUACUCGGGGCUGCACGACGCGGCCACCGCGGGCGACGGGCUGCCAGACGGCGCCACGGCCAACGGCGGGCGGCCCAUGUAGCCGGGCGGGCGGGCGGGCGGGCCCGGAGACCCGGCUCUGCUGCCGCUAGGACCCCCGCAGGCCUCGGAGGAGCGUGUGUUUGAGGAAGCUGACUUUGCAGACGACCCUUCAAGGACUUUGUUUUCUGCCAUUAAACGUUUGUAUUUAUUUUGGUCAUUUUUACGAGAAGCACUUUAUUCCCUUCCCUUCACUGAUCUCGAUCGAAACGGAGCCGCCGCCUCGGGAAGAGGGAUGCGGUGGCCGAGGAGCCGCUCUGAGGACCGCACAGCCAGGCUCCCCCGAGGUCAGCCGCCGCCCCGAGCCAGCCGUGCCCCCGCGGCUGCGCACAGCGCCGACCGGCUGCCGUCCGGAGCUCCCCGCGGCUGCGCCUUAGCCACACCGAGAUGGGAGCAGUCAGGGCUCCGCUAGAGUCUGUGGUUUUUAAAGGGUUUUUUCUGUAAGGUAAGAGCUGCCCCAUGUGUUGGGGGAAAGCAGCUCACAGUGUCAUUAAAACCAGCAUAGUCUUUCCCAAGAUCAUCCUUUUAUACUUGAUGCUGGAAGCUCUUUGGGGGAGAAGCUCAACCAUGUCACCAGAAAUCUUAAACGCAGUCUUCCAAUGCAGGCGUGCCACUAAGCGCCUGCGGAGCUGGCGGAGCUGGCGCAUCUCGGGCGAGACGAGUGACUGUUAACCCCCCCCCCCCCCCGGCCCGCUGCAGCAGGAAGGCCCUCAGUCAGCUGUUCUGUCAGCACCGCUUGAACACACGGCUACUUUCUGAACUAAAACCAGUAGGGAAAUAACUAAACAGACAACUACGGCAGCCCCCCAGGAGGGAGGUGUGCUCCCAAACAUGGCCCGUCAGCCUGUCCCAGCACCCGCCGCGCAGAAAUCACCAGCUUGGAGGCCCGGCUCCCGCUGGCCGCAGGCUGAGACCGCAGCGCCUGCAGGAGAUGGUCCCCCGCCUGCAGCUUCCAUCAGCCCCGAGGUGGGCUUGGGGUGAGGAGCGGGCCCCUCACAGGGGCGCCCCACUGGCCGCAGCCGCCUAGAGCACCAAGACCACUGGAGAGAAGCAAUAACUCACCAAAGCUGGACCCCUACCCCAUCCCACUGUCUGCGGGUUUGCGUCCUGUCCCUCGUUUCGUCCCCGACGCUGGAGGCCGUCUUGGGCCCAGCUUCCUGCACCUGUCCAGGGGCUGCUUCGGAGGAAACGCAGGGGACACUAAGAACCCACCUUCACUGGCCAAGCAGGCACUGCCUACUUGUAGCAGCAUGGGCCCCUGCUCUGGGGACAGCUUGGGUUCUUUCUAGAAGUGUCCCCUCCCCACUUCGUGGCGCAUCUCGCCCAGGGGCUGUGUUCUCCCGGAAAGUGCGGUCUCGGUCCGUGUGAAGCAGCACGGUGACCCCCAGCCCGCAGCUGCCUGGACUCAGAGGCCAGGAAGCGAGGUGGGCCCAUGGCCCCGAUCCCCUCCAGCCCCCACCCGCUGCGCUCCCACAGCUGGCUGACGUUGGCAGGAGCGCUGACACGAGAACUUUGUGAGGACCAGAGCAGACGUGCAGGCCCGCGUGACCCCAGCAGGUAAACCGCACAGCCUUGGCAAGGAGGCGGGCGUGUGGCCGGUCCCCAGCUCCAAGCCCACCCGCCCUCCCCUCGUCUCUUUUAAGUCACUUCUGUCCCAAGUUUCAGUGUCAGUCCGCACUCACCUUAAUUCACAAGGCCUUUCUCUACAUCUGCACAGCUCGAGUGCCAAACCUGCGAAGUACCUUCUGCCUUUCUCAGCGUGCUGGCCGCCAGGCCCCCGGCAGCACGGCCCCCAAGUCCGGGAUGCAACACGCAGCGCCAGGCUUGGGGGUGGGGGAAGCAGCUGGCAGGGGCCCUGGGUCGCACCUGCCAGGUGUCUCUGCAUCCGUCACCCCAACGCCAGGCCACUUUCUGGACCCCAGACCACAUGUGUUCUUCCACUGGCUUUGCAGACCUCGAGGGAAUGUGCUGAAGCCGCCGAGUGUGGCUGGUGCCUCCAGGAAGGAGGAGGCAAGCACAGCACGUCUGGACCCCGGUCCCAGGGUCUCAUCUCCAUCUUAAAUGACCGCAGGCACUGGUCCAGGAGACCAGCCUGUCGUCAGGCCAGCGGUCAGGCCCAGCUCCCAGACAACCGGAGAAGCGGGCUGUGAGGGCUGGGCUCUUGGGACCAAAGCCAAGCAGGUGUGAGUGAGGCGAUGUCUCCUCAGAGCAGCCCCUACCCUGGGGUCCAGCCCAGCCCCUGUCCCUGCUGGUGCAGCAGAGGGACUGCUGUGUGUGAAACGUGGCCAAAGCAGAAACGCUUCCUGUGGGCUGAGCCCCCUAAGACCCCGCCGAGCGAGCGCGGCAGCAGGGCCCCUGCCCCGAGCCCCAUCGGGCCAGUCCCACCUUGCUCCCUGGGGCGCCCGCGGUCACGCGCGGGCUCCUCAGCCCUGUGCCCUGUGCCCCUCGUGCCCAGCAGGGAAACACCUCUCAGGCACCUGCCGCUGCCCGGCGCCUCCACCCACGCGGCCGGGAAGCGGCCGGCAUCUCCUCCAGCACGGCUCCUGCGCCCUGUCCUCACCACCAGGGAGCAGGGGUCCCUUCCAAUAACAGUCAGGCACAAAUGUGAGCACCGGAGACGGGGCCAGGGCUUUCUGCUUUCUGUUCUUUUCUGGAAGUUGGUAACUCAUGAGACAUCCUGCAUAUUAGCACCCAAGACAGAAUAAAAGUUUUAAAUUUUUCUUCUGAAAGUGUGUAGUCACCUGCCACUAGGGGAAGGGGCUGGUAAGCUGGUCUGGCCGCAGAACAGAAAGCAAGCAGAGACACCUGGCAGAGCAGCACCACCACCUCCUGGAGCCGAGCGAGGGCGGCCGGGCCGUGGGGACGCUGGGCACGCGGGGCAGCCCUCCCCGUCCCGCAGCUCCGCCUGGAGGUCUCCGCACAGCGCCCGUGCGGGCGGGACCACCUGGAGGUGCCUGUUCACAGCACAAACCUGCACCUGGUUCUGAACUGUCCUUCGACGCUCAUGUCUGCAUGAUGUCACAGCUGUUGUACCUUGGGGGGAAAUUUGUAUGUAAAUGUACAGAAAUAAAAAUGUUGCCCCAUUAACGAAUCUCCUCUGGAAUGUCUUCCCUACCUCAUCUGAUGGUAUCCAAUGAAGGGCAUUUCACACCACUGACUACGAGUAAUAAACACUGUCAAUUCAGGUCUCACCGAGUCCUACUUCAGCGCCCGUGAACCUGAGCCCCCGGGGACGGUGGGUGGCUUCUCUGCCUGCGGCAUCCUGUCCCUCAGGUGGGCGGACACAGGUGGCGGCAGUGCUAUCCCCAGACCGCCUGAGACAUGGGGGCACGUGUCUGAGUUCUCUUCUCUCGUGUACAAUGUCCUGCUGCCCUGUGGCCUGAAGGCCCCAGAGGUCCCGGAAGGGUUCUCUUACACUGUGACGGAGGGAAAGACUGAUAGCCCAGAGCUCUCUUUAAUGUAGUAUUUUUUAACAAGAAAGCAAUAUUUCUUUAAUAAAGCAUUUAUACCAAA